AUGCCGCAAAAUUGCUGUGUCCCUGGCUGCACUAAGAAAGUUUACGAAGAAGAUGGUAUUAAGAUCUCUUACCACAAGUUUCCUGAAAAUAGAGAUUUAUUUAUGAAGUGGAUCGUUGCCAUUCGAAGAGAUGAGGGUAAAGAUUUCAAGGUGACAGAACACACGAGAGUUUGCUCGCGACAUUUCAAAUCGUCAGAUUAUCUACCGUCACUCACAGGCCGUAAAAAGAGUUUGAAAUCCAUGGCAGUCCCAUCUUUGUUUCCUUGGAAGCAGGGUUCGCCGAUCAAGCGAAAAUCACCGAGGAAAAGAACUCUGAUUUUGAAAAAAACCGCGACAAAAUCACAGGAGACGACAAUUGCGCCAGCACGAGUCGACAACUGUUCCACGUGCGAUCUAGUGACAUUUCAAGAAUCUCGCGCUUCCUCCCCGUCAACACUAGCAGAUUCGGCAAGCACCACAGUAGAAGAACCAGCUGAGGAUCUGGAAGCUCUUAUUUGCGAACUUAAACUUAAACUUAAACCUCAGGGAAAUAGCAAUGAUUUGAGUUAUCGAGGGUAA